UUUGGGUUGAAACCUGGUGGAAAAGCGAAACGAGGUAAGCAAACGAAGAAGGUGGAAAUGGAGCAACCAUCUUCACCAGGAACGGACCCAGUUGAGCUAAGGAACUCCAUGGAAGAGCUUUUGAAGUUCACUCUCCAAUCUCACCUCAAUUCAACUCUUGAACUUGAUAUUGGCCUCUCUAAGCCAUUCUGCACAUCUCUCCUCAAUCACACAAGCCCCAUCUCCCCGAAUGCCACAGAAGCCUCUCAGAUUCAUUUGUACAAACAGUUGGCUCGGGCUUUAUACGAAAUCAUUACUUUUGGAUCAUCUGAGUGUGAUAAAGUGGCAUCGUUUUUUCAAGGAAGUGACUUGAAGCACAAAGAAGAAUGGGUUGAUUUAGCUCAUAAAGAAGGAUCUCAAUUGACUGAGAUUUUGAAGAACAUUAAUUUUGAGCUUCAUGUUCAAGAGCCUUUCUUCACUCAAUUAAAAGAUGGCAUCAAAACAAUUGAAGGAAGAUGUGCUGUUGGUGACUAUAAUAGAAUUGCAUCUGGAGCUUUCAUCCUCUUCAACAAAUGCUUGGUACUUGAAGUUCAGGCUGUUCAUCAUUAUGCUUCAUUUUUUGAGAUGUUGGAAGCAGAGACUCUGGCAAAGGUCCUUCCCGGAGUUAAAACAAUACAUGAAGGUGUUCAAGUUUACAGAAAGUUUUACACAGAAGAGAAAGAAAUGGCCAAUGGUGUAGUUGCAAUUGGUGUUACUAAAGUAGCUGCUCAACCCUACCUUUCGUUGGCCAGAUUACUAUCGGGGUUGAAAUACGAUGGUAUUCUAAGCCUUAUAAAUCAAGAGCAUCUUGAUGGAUCAAUGUCAUGAGAACUUCAUGCCAUAACUCAAAUACAAGUCAAAUGCAUAACGUUUUCAUUGUCUUAUACUUGACUUUGUUCUAAAAUCUUUCAUUUUCUUGAAAGACCUAUAUCCGACAUUAGUGGCGAAUGUAAGUAUUGUUCAGGGUGAACACGUAUG